CUCUGCGUCUCUUCUUUUGUGAUCUGAGACAUACAGAGAUGGCGGGUACAAGUUAUUUCCAUGUUUGAAGUAAAAAUCUCUCUCCCUAGCCCUCCCUCCUCCCCCGUUGACUUUUGAGGGAACUGUUGUUGUGAUUUGGCGGUAUAUAAAUAAAGACGAUGGUUGUUUACACACCUGACACGUGGUAAAAUUCUGUCACCAGAAUCAUGUUUGUUGAUGCUUAGGCCUGGAAGUAUCUGCAUAACAGUGAUAAGAACUACUUGAAUUCUCCAGAUACUAAGAAAAAGAGCUUCAAUGUUUCCCUUAUUAACGUCUUUAGAACAGGAAAAAUGCUGUUCUAUAGUUUAAAAAUACACCAUCCAGCCAUUCAUGUAAACCAGCAACAGAACUGUAAAUGUCAAGUAACAGUGUGUUUUACAUUCCAUGCCAAAAGCUGCUGACACUGCCUGUUAAAUACAACCGGACACACCCUUCUCUUGUUCUAAGUCCUGGUUAAUUUUCCUACCCAGCUUUCCUUAUAUUGUUUCCCACUGAGAUCGAGGAAAACUGGUUAGAAAAGGAGAGAAGAGGUACUAUUCAAACAUAGCCUCAGUCUUUUCAGCUCUGGUUUCCUUGCAGCUGGCUAGCAGAAAGGCAGACAUUGUGUAACUAAAGUGAAGCAAACAGGAAAAAGUCAAACUGUCCUCAGAUCCUUUUGUGGAUGGAACUUCUGAAUGUUCAGUCACUCGGUUUAAACAAACAGGAGGUGGAGGAGUGGAUGAGAAGUCAGGGUGGAUGUGAACAGAAUCACGAACCUGCAGAGUACCGUGAAACCACCGGUGAUUCAGGCUCCACAGCGCAGCACAGCGACACAGGGAGCCGUGCAGAUGCGCAUUAAAAACUCCCCGAGCUCCGGAGACCGUCUGAGUCAGUCCAAGUCGAUGGUGCUGCAGGAGACCGACCUUCCUCAGAAGCCUAUCUCUCGACAUCGCAGGAAUCAGUCUCAGCACAAUGUUGUGGUAGCAGGAGCUGCUACAUUUGAACCUCUGGUGGAUUUGAAAGGUGAAAUCAUGAAUAUGGCUAAAAUUUCAGAGAGUGGUAAGAAGCAGAGGAAGAACUGGUCUUCAGUGUGGACUGUGCUCACCUCAGACCAGUUAAUGUUUUAUAAAGACAAACAGGAAACUGGACAGAAACCAGGAGGUAAGGCUGAUGUGCUUCAGCUGUGUGGAGCAGUCAUUGAGUGGAAUACUGAGAAAUCAAGCAGGAAAAAUGUCUUCCAGAUUACAACAAGCACAGGAAGUGAGUACCUUGUCCAGACUGACAGUUACUCCACUGCCAGCAAAUGGUACGACGCCAUCAAAAAGACUGUCGACUCUUCAACUAAAGAAGGUUUUCCUCUGCGGAGAUCAAACAGCACUGACUACCUGCCCAGACACAGCUCCCUACCUGGAUACGGCUCUGCUUCUCCUGGUGUCAAACAACGUAACCCGAUACACCGACGAUCCAUCAACAUGUUUGGCAGCUCAAAGCUGAAGCACAGCGCCUCAGAUAGUGCAGACAAGAAUGGAGUGAAAAACAGGCUGAAGAAAUUCAUCAUCAGACGUCCAUCCAUGAAGACUCUACAGGAGAAAGGCCUGAUAAAAGAUCGAGUGUUUGGCUGCCAUCUGUCGAGUCUCUGUGAGCGUGAAGGGAGCACAGUACCAAAGUUUGUUCAGAUCUGUGUGGAUGCCGUUGAGAAACGAGGUCUGGAAGCUGAUGGGAUCUACAGAGUCAGUGGAAACCUGGCCACAAUCCAGAAACUUCGCUUCCUCGUCGAUGAAGAGGAGGAUCUAGACCUGGAACACAGUCAGUGGGAGGAUGUCCACGUUGUCACCGGAGCCCUCAAAAUGUUUUUCCGUGAGCUGCCAGAGCCACUGUUUCCAUUCAGGUUUUUCCAGCCUUUUGUGGAGGCCAUCAAGAUCAAAGAACCCAAACAAAAAGUUCAGGCCAUGAAGAAACUGAUACAGCAGCUGCCCAAACCCAACCAUGACACCAUGAAGCUUCUCUUCAGCCACCUGCACAAAGUUCUGGCCUUUUCCAGGAAGAACCUGAUGUCCACUCAGGGCAUCGGAAUCGUGUUCGGUCCAACGCUGAUGUGGCCUGAACUGGAUGCCGGAAACAUGGCGGUCAACAUGGUGUAUCAGAAUCAGAUUGUGGAGUUCAUUCUCACUGAAAGCCAAGAAAUCUUCAACUUGGACAGGAAGUAAAAGGUGCUGAGCGGGACCAAAUCAUCUGAUGGACUCACGUUUACAGAUAUUAGAAGCCAUGUCUGGUUUGGGCCGGGAUGUAAAAACUGGAAUUUUCAGAAGAUAUUUUGUCAGAGUUUAUAUUGUAUUAGCACAAACAAAUCUAUAAUUAAAUGUUCUGACUGUUUUA